UAAUUUUGGACUUUGUAGAAUAAUGGAUCUUGAUAAUAACACUUCUUGCUUAGAACCAGGACAGGUUCAAGAAGAAGGUGGGCUCAACUUCGAUCAAAAUCUUCAGUUCAAUUCAGAAAAUCAAGAGAAUAACCCGGUAAAAGAAGAUGUUCAGGACGAAGAACCAGAGUAUGGCGAAAUCAGAGAAGAUAGGCCGUACCUAGGGAACCUGCUUGAGGAGGAGUCGUCAGAUGAUCCUCAGGAUAAGCCAACUAGAAAUGAAAAUUCUCAAGAAUAUUUAAAAGAAAACCCUAACCAGUACUCUGGUCAUAAAAGGACCCAUAAUGAAGCUCAAGAGGAAGACCUGGAAGAGAAGAAGGAUCUAGAGAUCCUUCGCAAUGGCUGCUGAAAGAAAUGAAUGAAAGCAUUCACUAAAAGUAAGAAGAGUUGUAUCUGCCAAGUGCCUAAGGAUGACAGGAGAUCACAUCUUCCCUCUUCAGGAUGUAAGUUCUGAGGCUGAAAUGGGUGAAACCCACUUGAUAAAGGCAUCCAAAUGAUUGACAUAAUCCAGAUGAACAACUUCAAUAGUGAAAGAAAUGUUCAGCCACCUCCAUAUAAUCCUCGGGAGGAGUUUGCUCUAUUCUUAAUGAGGAACUCUAAUUUGCAGGAGAUUGGUCAGUUGGGUCUUGGAUACCCAAGAAGGACUUUCUCUUAUAUCUAUGGCAAGCCAGAAAAUGAUUUCUAG